AUGCACUUGAAAACGGUGCUCAUCCUCCUCAUUCUGGCUUUAGCCACGAUAUUUGCCUUAGUCUGUGUGUUGCUGAAGAGGAAGGGCCCCAGCACCUGCCAGCACCAGCCCCCGGAGCAGGAGGACACCGAUGACGGCCAGAGCCUGGUCUUUGCCGAUCUGACACCCGAAGAGAUGGCGCAAGUGGUGCGGUACCUGCAGGGAAACCUUGGGGUGCAGCUGGUUGACGCCUCGCGUGCAAAACCCUCCGACAACUGCAUCGCCUCCGUCGACGUGCAGGUCCCCGCCAAGGCAGAGGUGCUGCAGUUCCUGGAUCGGGGGGGCUCGCCCCCCCGGGAGGCGCUGGCUGUGCUGUACUUUGGGAACCAGCCAGACCCCAAUGUCACCGAGUACGUGGUGGGUCCGCUGCCAACGCCGGUGUAUCACCGGGACGUCACGGUGCAGAAGUACGGGGGGAAGGUGCCGUACCACCGCAGACCGACGCUGGCUGUUGAAUACAAACAGAUUGCAGGGUUUUUAAAAAGCCAAGUGUUCCCCACAGCUCCAUCUUUCAUGCGUCAAGUAAUGGAGUAUGAUGGAGCCAGUCUAGCAGCCAUGACAGCCGCUCCACGUGGAUUCCAAUCUGGAGAUCGGGUCACCUGGUUCGUUUUGUUUCAGAAUGUGAGCGGGUUCUUUGUGCACCCGGUGGGGCUGGAGGUGCUGGUGGACCACAGCAGCCUGGACAUCUCCCGGUGGGCGGUGAGCAGGGUCUUCUACAACGGGCAGUACUACAGGGACAUGGUUCAGCUGGAGAGCGCCUACGUGCAGGGUCGCAUCAGCGUGGAGAAGGUGAGGAAAGCGCCGCGGGAUGGGGACUUCUCCUCCAUGAAGCCCCGAGCGCCUUCGGCUGCGCUGUUCCCUUUGCAGUACGAGCCCCAGGGUCCCCGCUACAGCGUCAGGAACAACCACGUCCUCUUCCAGGCCUGGAGCUUUGCCUUUGGGAUGAGCGUGAACACGGGCCUGCGCCUGUUUGACAUCCGACACAAGGGGGAGAGGGUUGCCUAUGAAAUCGGCAUCCAAGAGGCGUUGUCAGUGUACGGCUCCAACUGCCCUGGAGGGAUGUCAACGAGGUACAUGGAUGGGAGCUUUGGCAUUGGGCGCUACACCUCCCCCUUGGUGCGAGGGGUCGACUGCCCGUACUCAGCCACCUAUGUCGACACACACGCUCUGUCUGAGACCCUGAGGCCCAGCAAGAGAAAGGCUUCCCUCUGCAUCUUUGAGCAGAACCUGGGCUCCCCUCUGAGGCGCCACUACUCCAACUUGCAGUCGCUCUACUACGGGGGGCUGGUCAACUCCGCUCUGGUCGUCCGGUCCAUUGCGACCGUGGGCAACUACGACUAUGUGUGGGACUUCAUCUUCUACCAGAACGGGGCCAUCGAAGGCAAGGUCCAGGCCACGGGGUACGCGAGCUCUUCCUUUCUCCACGGGGAUGGUCUGAGAUACGGCAAUAGGGUUUGGGAGCACACGCUGGGUACAAUACACACCCAUUCCAUCAACUAUAAGGUGGACUUGGAUGUGGGAGGGAGUAAUCGGAGAACUACGUACAUCAAGCUGCAGCUGACUCCAGUGCAAACGUUCAGUGCCGGCACGUGUCCUCUCUUGUACCUGCCUGCGAUGCAGUGGUUUGUGUGGCCUUGA